UCAACAGGUGGUUUGGUUGACAGCCGGCUACGGUCAUACUUUUGUUUGUUGCCAGGGUAACCACUCACUCCCAAGAGGGGUUUUGCUUCUUCUGCCAGUCCGAAACGGUAUCUAGCGUGUUGCGCAUAUUGCUCGAAAUCAUUCCCUUCAUAACCCUCACACGUUGCGAUGGCCGGACGAACGCCAAGUGUGAUAAUUGUUGGUGCCGGCAGUGCAGGCAUUGCCGCUGCCACACGCCUUCUGGACCGGGGCUUUCGCAAUCUAACGAUCCUGGAGGCAGAAAAUCGACUCGGCGGUCGCAUUCACUCGGUACGGCGGGGCGGCAACGUGCUUGACUAUGGUGCGCAAUGGGUGCACGGUAAGCAGAACAACUUCAUCUACGAUAUGGCCUCCCAGUACGGGCUGAUCGAGGUGGAGCAGCACAAGGAGAACGAUGUGUACUACAAAUCGACCGGCGAGCUGGUGCCGAAGGAAACGUCCGACCGUGUGCUAGAGACGCUGCACAACCUGCUCGAAGAAGAUGCCGACGGUUUGCAGUCCUACACGGGUUCGCUCGGAGCGUACUACGAUCAAGUGUUUUACGACGCGGUUCGGGCCGGAAAGUUUGCCGGCAUCGAUCAGCGCACCUGCUAUCAGCUGUACCAGUUCUUUAUCAAGUACCACAACACGUACAAUGCCACCGAUACGCUGCACGAGGUGUCCGGUGCCGGCCUGCUCGAGUUCGAAGAUAACCAGGACGAGUUUCUUAUCAACUGGAAGAAUCGUGGCUUCCACACGCUGCUCGAUUUGCUCAUGCGAAAGCUUCCGGAACAAAGCGGCCCACCUAUACCAGUAGAAGAGUACACAAAGUUUAAUCAUGUCGUGAAGACUAUUAAAUGGAACUGUCCCGAGAACCCACACCACCACCGAGUGUCUGUAACGUGUACCAACGGUGCCACGUUCAGUGCUACCCAUCUCAUACUCACCGUGUCACUCGGUGUGCUGCAGGACCUGCACACCGGCUGGUUCGAUCCACCCCUGCCCGAACCGAAACAGAACGCCAUCCAAGGUCUGUACAUCGGCACGAUCGACAAGCUGUUCCUGGAGUUUGAUGAGCCAUUCUGGCCGCAGGACGGCAGCUGGCACGGCUUCGGGCUGCUCUGGGAAUCGGCCGAUCUCGAGCAGCUGCGCCACGACGGUCGCCAGUGGUUGCGCAGUGUUUGCGCCUUCUUCGUGCCGGACCGUACCGAGCGGCUGCUGGUGGGCUGGAUCUACGGCCACGAUGCACGCACGAUGGAAGCCCUGCCGGAGGGGCAAGUGAUCGAUGGAUUGAUGUACUUGUUGCGUAAGUUUUUGCCCCAUCUGCCCGUCCCGGCCGGUCCACGCUGGUUUUCGCGCAGCCGCUGGUACAGCAAUCCACACUUUCGCGGUUCGUACAGCAGUCGCUCGAUGCGAUCGGACGCAAUGCGGGCGACGGCAGCCGCGCUGGCCGAACCGCUGACAACGGAGCGGGCUGUGCCGAUCGUACAGUUUGCGGGCGAAGCAUCCCAUCCACAGUUUUACUCGACCGUUCAGGGUGCGGUUGGAAGCGGUUGGCGCGAGGCGGAUCGUUUGAUCGCGCUUUACAACAACCGACCCGGGGCGGCCGAUUCGGAGAACAAUGGGCAGCGAACGUUAAGGGGGAAGCUGUAGCUUCAGCCGCUAACGAUCCCGACAACGUUUAUGCGUUGAUAAAGACGUGAUGAUUGUUUAAAGUUUUAUUGAA